CAAGCAGGUUGACUGAGAUAUUUUUCUUCAUUUUACACAUCCUUGUUCGACUCUAUGCGAACAUCAAACUAAGAAUGGCAAAAAUGAGUCGCUCUUCCUAUAUACUAAUACUAACUUUUGCUUUGUUUUCUCAAGGUAUUUUAUUUUCAGCCUCCAAGUCCAUAAGAAAUUUAGAAGAUGACAUGGUAUUUAAUACAUUUAGGCUGGGAAAAGCCUUUCAGAAGGAAGAUACUGCAGAAAAAUCAGUCGUUGCUCCUUCCCUGGAACAAUAUAAAAAUGAUGAGAACAGUUUCAUCAACAACGAGGAAAACAAAAAUUCAAAGAACACAGGCUUCAAACAUAAUUUCUUAAAUCGUGGUCUGCCACUGAAUCUAGCUAUAAAACCUUAUCUUGCACUAAAAGGAUCUGUAGCUUUCCCAGCUGAGAAUGGAGUUCAGAAUACUGAAUCAACACAAGAAAAGAGAGAAAUUGGGGAUGAAGAAAACUCAGCUAAAUUUCCAAUAGGAAGGAGAGAUUUUGACAGUGAGUAGUUUUUUUAAAACUUAA